UUUAAUUGGCAAAAGUGGCAGCGGUAAAAGGCUUUUAGUUUCGCCGGUUAGCGCAAGGUGCGUUUUCUUUACGGGUUUCGCAUGCAUGCUCAGCUGGCUGAAUGUUGUCAGCCAUUGCCUCGCUCAGUAAGCGAUCGCCUUUCAAACGAGGUUGGUUGCCGCGCGGGAAAACUUUUUAACUGUCAAAAAUCAGCGGCAAAUCACGCGCGGGAAACUUGACGUUUCUAAUAAAUUUUUCAACUUUUAUUCGAUUCGUUUUUGUUAAUUGUUUGUUGAUAAAAAGUGUUUAGAUAUCAAUGUUAAUAUGAGGACUUUCUAGUGAUAGCUAGUUUUGUUAAUUUAGAAUACUGAAUGACUUGAAAUGCAGUGAAGUAGUGUUAUUUUUUUUAUUUGUGAAAGAGUUUGGAUUGUGUUGUUCAACAUGAAGUUUGCACACUUUAGCGCCGGAUGUUUGAUAUUAUUAGCUGUAUUAGUAGAUAUUGUGCAGCCCACAUGCGUGUUAGAAUCAGACUUCGGGUUCAAAAUCAACUGCGCGUUCAAAAAGUCCGGUCUUUUUAGGGUACGCAACCUCGGCGGGGUCAAAGCACAUGCCAGUAUAGGAUUCAGUCUCGGGGAUGAGCUGGGCUUCGAGCAGUCCCUCACAAAUCUGGACCCGAGCCGGCGUCGCUCCGUGAGCCUCAAGAACGGUGCCCCCCCGAACCUCCUUGCUGACGGCACCGCGCGCGCCAACACCAAACAAGAGAAGCGAGGCAAACAGAACAGAAUCAUGAUGCGGCCGCCGGCGCCGAGCAAUAGAGUGAACCAAGCGGCGAUCGAUAAACUAUCUAGUCUACACCGGAGAGUGUCCAGCACUAUGCAGCCCAUCGUCGUUUCUGGACCCUCAGUGGAAGUUCCCACCACCAUGAACAAAGUUAACCCAGCGCCUAAAGUCACUAUCGCCAAGCCGAUGCCCAUGGGAGUACCUCCCUUCAAGCCUCUACCUCCAAAGGACGACCACCUCAACGUGGUCCCAAUCACCACACCCUCCAAGAAAACCUACUCACCUCUCCAGAUCCCACAGUCGAAAGGACCGGGCCUCGCGUACCAAAGUGAGAACUAUCCUAAAGUAUCACACGAACAGGUCUCAAAAAUGAUAUCACAAAUAUCAGGGUCACAGCAGCAACUACAACAGUUUGUCCGCAUCACACCCGCCCCACUCAUGGGGGACCACCGCCCCAAUGCCAUAUUCCGCAUCCCUACUACUGUCAACCCCUUCGUCCCCAUGCCCGUAGCCGCCCCCCCUACACAAGCCGCUAUCUCUAUCAUCCCAGGCCCAGUAUUCAAAGACUCCGUCCAAAUACCCAUCGCUCCCAACAUGCUCUCCAACUCACCCACCGCCUUCUUGACACAAAACACUUUCUCCAUCCGCAAAGUACCUGAUCCUAUUUCUAACUUCGUAGAUCCCGUUCCCCACCAAGUUCACGAGUUGGCCAAUCAGCUGCAUCCCGUCUACAACACUAAAAAGGUCGACGAUUAUAAUAGCAUCACGGGUUACGGUGAUGAUACGAGUCUAAAGUUUACGAAGGAGGAUAUAAAUGAGAAGAUAGCUGAGAUAGCCCGUGCAGGGAACAUAUCGAUGGAAGCGGUGGAGGCGGCAAUUGCGUUGCGUCAGCAGCAGUUGUUGAACAAGUACGCGAGCCUGGCGGUGCCGCCGACAACGUCAACAACGACGACGACCACGACGACGACGACAGAGGUGCCGCUCGUGUUCCAGCCGGAGCCCGAGCCCGAGAUCAUCGUGCAGCACGCGCAUCAAGUACAGCAACAUAAGAAGAGAAUCCCAACAUCAGGCAAAGUGAUGAACGCACCUCGCGAGUACUACCCCGUCGGCUAUGAGAAGAACUUCGACGACGCCUUCCAAUCCAAGGUGGACCUGCCAGAGACCAGCUUCCACUGCGGAGACCAGAAGUACUUUCCAGGACUGUAUGGAGACGAGAACCUGGGGUGUAUGGUGUUUCACGUCUGCGCUCUCACAGACGACGGUCUGGUCAUGAAGUCUUUCCUCUGCCCCGAGUCCACGCUCUUCGACCAGACCAUCCUCAAGUGCAACUGGUGGUUCUACGUCGACUGCAAGAAUACUCGUCGGUUGUAUGACACCAACAUUCCCGUCUCCAAGAGCUACCAGCUCAUGAAGGCGCUUACGUUCUUCUCUAAUUACAAGAAGGAUAUGGAUGAUGCUAACCGCUCAGCCAACCCAGAAGAUAUGGAAGGAGUCAAAGAAGCCAUUUCCAUCUUGGAAAACCAAAACAAUAAUCAAAGGCCACAAAAUAAUGCCGACUCCAUCCAGAUAAUCACUCCUCAACCUUUGACCAACACUGAAAGUGCUGUCUACGUCACUCCCGCUAGUGACCCUUCUCCAGUGUACCGAGUCAAUAGAAACUAUAAAAAUAAUACUACUAGAAGUUCCAAUUCUAAUACUCAAUCAACUAGAAAUACUAACUCACAAAGUAGUGAAGUAAAUAAGUCUAAAGAAGAUCUAGAGUCUGCCAACUCAGAUAUCAAACUCAUCACGCUUAACACUGGUCUAAGCUUCAAAGACAAAUCAUCGGAAGAUGCACACAAAAACACGUCUUCUGUAUCUUUUUCUAAGAACACAUCUGCUGAAAGCAAAGAACGCCAGAAUAGAAGACGACAAACUUCUAGAAAUAAUAGAUCUUCUAGUACAACUAGCAAACCGUACAUAAGUAGAACUGUUACAACUACGGUUUCACCUUCAACCGUCGUCCAACCAACAACGCCUGCUAUUGAAGUCAUUAAGCAAGAAAUACAACCUAUCGAAUACUUCCAAGUCCACGAAUCAAUGGAAAACUCCCAAGUCAAACAAGAGAGGCUAACCGACCAAAUACCAACAGUUUUAAAAGAAGCUGAAAAUUCUCCUCCAGUCAGAAGAUUUUACAGAUCAAGUGCUGAAGCCAGCAGUAAAGAAAUGACUGUAGUCAAUAAUGAAAAGAUUCAAAUUGUGAGACCAACAUCCACGGCUAGGUUAGUAGGAGAAUUUGCGACGCCAACCGCAGCAAUAGCUAAGUUAGAUGAAGCCAUUUUAGGCAGACGGUAUAAGAAAGAUACCGGAAGAAUAGCAAUAGUAACGCCAGAAUUAAGUCCAACGUUUAGAGAACGAACAUAGCAAAGUGUAGUCAAUAGCUAAAUAUAAGUGUCAUAACCUCUUGUUAAUUUAUUUAUUGUUUUGAGUCGCGAGUGGUUGAGGCCAAAUGUACUAUUCGCUUACUUGCUCAAUUUUGUUCGUAGACUAGUAAUAGGUAGUUAGAGAAUCAGUCAAGUGAUAUUACGGUGUAUGUUUUAGUUGAUUAGAAUAAAUUUUUAUUUUCCUA